AUGCUCCCUAUAAAUCCAGCUACUUUUCCGUCUUGGUCGAAAAGUGUUCUCGCCCUUUUGUUCAAGAGCUCACAUCUUGAUCACCGCAAUCAUGAGAACACUCUCUGUAUUGCUGUUUUCCUGCCUCAACGCCCUCGUGGCAGACGCCAGUGCUGCGGUCAACCGCUCCUCGCUUCUGGCCUAUGCCUCCAAGCCCCGCGUCUUCGUGCUCUCCGACAUCUCUAACGAGCCCGAUGACACUGAGUCUUUCGUGAGAUUCCUGCUCUACAGCAAUCAGUUCCAGAUCGAGGGCAUGGCCGCCGUCACGUCCACCUGGCUAAAGGACAGGGUGUACCCCGAGCAGAUCUCGGCUGUGGUGGAUGCAUACGCCCAGGUGGUCGACAACCUGAACCAACAUACUUCUCCUUCAUCACCCUACCCCUCGGCAGACUACCUUCACAGUAUUGUCAAAUCCGGCCCUGCAGUUUUUGGCAUGGAAGGCGUUGGCUCCGGCAAAAACCUCAGUUCUGGCGCUGAACUGCUCCUCAAUAGACUCCGUGAGCCGGGUGACGAGCCUCUCUGGGUUCUUGGAUGGGGAGGCGUCAACGUCCUGGCCGAGACCCUGUACUACGUCCACCACAACUUCAACGUCACCGAGGCGGCGCGCAUGCGGGCCCAGCUGCGCGUGUACACCAUCUCCGACCAGGACGACAGCGGCCUCUGGAUCCGAGAGCAGUUCCCAGACAUCUUCUACAUCGCAUCGAUGCACGGCUGGAACCAGUACGGGCUGGCCGCGUGGGCGGCGAUCUCCGGCGAGGAGUACUACAAUUUCGACGUCGGCGGCCCGGACUUCACCAAGGUGACGGCCGCAUGGCUGCAGAAGCACAUUCAAAUCGGCGUCUACGGCCAGGAAUACCCGGACUACCAGUACAUCAUGGAGGGCGACACCCCGACGUUUCUGUAUCUGAUUCAGAACGGGCUGGGCGUGCGCGAGCAGCCCGACUACGGCUCGUGGGGCGGCCGCUACUCGCUUGUCGACCCGUCGCAGCAGGUCCCGUACCGCCAGUACAGUGACGCGGCGGACCGGGUGGUCGGCCAGAACAACCGCACCUACGCCUCCAACCACGCCGCCAUCUGGCGAUGGAGAGACGCGUACCAGAAUGACUUUGCGGCGCGCAUGCAGUGGACCCUGCCGGCGAACGAGAGCAAGGCUAAUCACCAUCCCGUGGUGGUGGUGAAUGAGUACGCGGACCUCACCCCGCUGGUUAUCGCGUCCACGCCUGAUGCUACCAUCUCGCUCGACGCCUCCAGCACGUACGACCCCGACGGCGACAGCCUCUCCUUUAGGUGGUUCCAGUACAAGGAGCCAGGCUCGACCGAUUGGAACGUGGAUCUUCAAAUCCCGGGCUUGAAGCUGACGGUAUCGGGUGAUGGUCGGCGUGCGCAGGUCACGAUCCCGGCUGCGGACGAUGUCUGCGAUGGUAAGAGCUCCAACGAGUCCGGCUGCUGGACCCUGCACCUCAUCUUAGAGGUGACUGACAACGGCGUGAACCCGUUGACGACGUACAAGCGCGUGCUGUUCGAGACGACGAACUCGACGCGGUCGGCAUGACUCGUGCAGGAUACGACGACGUGGGAUCUUGGAGCUGGAGGCUGGGUGGAAUAUGCUCUUGACUGGAAUGAUUAUCACGUUGGGGAUGAUUGGGAGGAGCCGAUCCUGGGCCGCGAUUGCCCUUGUGGGUGGGGGCAUGAGCAUGCCGAGUACGAUAUGGGAUGACGACUGUAUAUCAACCCAAACUAUGUACAUGACUUGUAGACUUGUCGAAUUGUGUCGAGUAUAUCGCAUUUCUC